CUCCCCCCCUUCUGUGAUGACAGAAGCAGGGGGUGGUGGACCCCCGCCGCCCUGCGCUCGUCCUGUCCCAACAGAAGUCAACUUGUGCAGGCCUCAUUAUGUGACUCCUUGUGAAGCAGGACCCCUCCCGAAGAACGAGAACCGUGAACCCCCGUCGCCAUGGCCUCCACUCCGUCCGCCUCGGCCCUGUCCGCGGUGCUCCGCUGUCGGGGGAAGAUCUGGACCAGGAAUCCGUCGGCCAAGCGGCCUGCCCCGGCGGCGUACGGCCUCGGACUAGCCGGCGCUGCGCUGCGCGAGCCCUCGGCCGAGCGCGGCGGUUCGAUCUCCGCGGCCGCGCGCGGCGGUUCGAGCUCCGCGGCCGCGCGGAGGCUGCUCCCGCCGGGGGAGCGGGGAGGGCUGCUGUCUGUGGCGUGCAGAUGGGUCACGCGGGAUACUUUUACGCAAGAUUCCGAGAAAAUGAAUAAGUUACUCUCGCCAAAACUUUCUUCAGGGAGCGCGCGCGCUGCUGCCCCUCGUGGGCAACAACAUUCUCACGUGCGUAAAACGACUUCUCACCUGCCUGGAAGAGAAAGGUGCUCAAAACUAACCAGCGUGUUACCGCUCGAGCUGGUGACCUACGUCCCACGCAGGGUCCUGAAGGUCACCGUGACGUCACCGUGGAGCAUGGGCUCAACUUCGCCUGGCUGGAAGAAACUGCGGAGCGCGUGUGUGACUCUGACAGCCCUGCUGGUUUCCAGACUUUCGGGUUUGUGCGCGUGGAGCCGCGCUCAUCACCCGCAGGUGGAAGGACAAACUCAGCCUCCAGCCCCCCAAGACAGACCCGACUGAGCCCCGCCGUCGACAUUUGACUAUUAUUAGACUCUUCAUUUUACAACACCUGUGCUGGUGCUGCAGCCACCCGAUGCAUUUGAGCUUUUCUUCUUCUUUUUAAGGUUAAACGGAAUGCCCCCCACCCCCACCCCAUUCCAAACCAAGUAAAACAUCAAACAAGGUUUAAUUCCAAAA